UUUGUACCUGUAGCCGCGCGGGCAAAAUGUAAAGAGGUUAGACCUAACCUUACACCCCCCCACCCCCACAAACGCAUCCUCGGCAGGACGGGCGACAGGAACAGGAAGCUCACCCGAGAAAGUUCGCAGAGUCGCGAGACGCGGUCGUAGAGCGUGAAGAACCCGCGCUUGUCAAUUUCUAAUUUCUAACGACGAGUCGCACGAUGAACGACGCCGAGAACGCGGAGAACGAUACCUCCGGGUCGUACUGCGCGCUGCUGGUCGCCUUCAAGACCAUGAAAGAACGUUGCCAGCAGUUGCAGACGCGACUGGCGGUGGUGGAGGAGGAGAACGUGUGCCUCAGGCUCGAAUGCGGCAGGGACAUGUCCACGGCUAUUGUCAAGGUUGAUAAGAGCGACAGGUCUGCGCUGCAAACCCUGCAGGAAAAGGUAGAGGAACUCACAAAACAAAAGUCUCAGCUGUCGCAUCACGUUUUCAUGGUGGCCGCGGAAAAUCGUCAGUUAUGGAACAGAUUAACGAGACUGACGAAAACUAAUAAAUCUUUAGGUAGUCAAUUAACAAAAAUUUCGGACACGCUUAAGCAGCAUCCCACCACACAGCCAUCUGAAAUUAUUUCGUACAACUUUCGCGAUGUGUCUGAUCUAGAUAAACAGAGCGCUAACAAGACGUACUUACUAGCUACGGACGGUGAAAGAGAACAAAGCUUGGAAGAAAUAUCUCUUCGAUUAAUAAAUAGUAUUAUGUUAGAGAAGUCUGAUCUCGAACAGCAAUGCGCAGAGAUGGUGGAGUUGCACAAUCGUUCCGAAUUAAAUUUACAAAAUGUUGGUUUCACAUAUCCAGAAGAUUCUGACACAGAUUCGCUGGAGCAACUAAAGCAGCAUGAAAUUCGGUUGUCCCAAACUAAGGAUACCUUACUUGGACAGCAAACUAGGUUAAAAAGAGCCCUGCAGAAUCUUAAAAAAAUGAGAAAAGGAGUAAUAUGUAAUAAUUGUCGAAAGAACGCGAAUAAAAAGAUGUGUCAAACGGGCACGCAAUUUGAUUCCGACGACAGUUUCAAAGAACACGGAGCUACUCAGACUAGUCUCAUGAAUCCUAGUAUUUCCAUGGAAAAAUGCUCCAACCUAAAUGAUAAUAUGGACGCCGAUAUCAAUACGUGCCCAUUGUGCGGAACUGUUUACGGAAAAUCCAUACCGUUUGCGGAGUUCCACGAACAUGUCUUAAAUCAUUUUACCAAGGAGGUGUCAAACUCUACAGAGGAUUUCGAGCUUGUACAUUGAUUUCGUGAUAAAAAAAUCAGUGAUAAGCCGUUAGACGUGAAAUUUUCUUCGGAUUCCAAGAAAAUUCGUGGUGAUUGGGAAUAUAGAAUAUUGAAAUAGAUAAAAUACACCCGAUAUAAAUUAUAGACGAGACAAUACUGUCUAUUACAAAAGAUUUUAUUUUUAUAUCAACAAACGAAAGCACGAAAAGUAGUUGAAAUAUUUUUUGUCGCAUAAAGGACCUUAGUUAUAAAUAUAUUUAUGUAAUAAAACAUUCUAGUACUUUUUAA